GUCUCUCCGCGAGUCGAAGUUCCCUCAAUUUGACAAACUCAUUCACGACGCGUGAGAGUGAGGAGCUAGGGCAACAGUGCCAACUGUCACUUGGCGGAUUUCUGCAGUCAGGGAUCACUACCGAAAUAUCAGUGCAAAAAUCUCUCACUUCGUUACCGUAAAAAAAUUAAUUUUCCCAUAAACUGAUGCUCUCUUAAAGCAAGUACCGGUCGAAUAUACGUGCACAAGUCAAAGCAGUGUCCGCAAUUUUUUUUUUUUAUUCAUAAACCAAACGCCAAACGGUCGUAUGAUGCAUGCCCGACUAGCGCUGUUAUUUUUGUGCUUCUUGGCGGCGAUUCAAAUUCAAACGGCCAAGUACUUGGACUCGAACGAAUACGAAGAAUGGGAAGAAUUCAAGGAGUUUCAACGAUGGAAACAUUCGAAAAAACGUCAGGAUCCUAAGAAAUAUUGGAGCCAGGACCUUGGAAGGUAUAACGGCAACGAACAGGACACAUACGAUGACGGACUUGAAGCCGACGAUCCUCCGCCUAUAGACGAAGCUGCGCGCAUGGCGCGUUACAUUGUGAAUCAAAAUAACUGGACGUCAAUCGCAACGCUAAGCAGUAUCCCUAAAGUGAGAUCUUAUCCGUUCGUAAAUGUGGUGUCCUACGGCGAUGGGCCACUUCUUAAUGGCACAGGCAUGCCCUACAUUUUCAUCACACCUUUGGAUUAUACGGCUCAAGAUCUUGCCAAAGACUCUCGGGCAACCUUGUCUAUGACCCUAGCUGAGGGUGAAUACUGUGCCAAAAAAUUAUACGAUCCUAUGGACCCUCGAUGUGCCCGGGUUUAUUUGACGGGAAAAAUCAAGGCUAUAAAAAAUAAUACUGCUGAAUACGAUGUAGCUAAAAAUGCAGUGUUCACGAGGCAUCCUUGGCUAGCACACAUGCCCGCGGAUCACCACUUUUUCUUCGCUAAAUUGAAGAUUGUUCAAAUUGCUUUACUGGACACUUUCGGCGGGCCGAAGUACAUAAGCUUGAAAGAUUACUUCACCGCGAACCAAAUCCCAAAGGCCUUUCAAAAAACCGAACCGACCAACAGUUUCGCCGACGGAUCAUCUGAAUCAGGAUAUCUGGAGGUGACAAUAGUGUAAUUUUUCAAUAGCAAUUUUGUAUCGGAUAAGUGGCUCCGCCACAAUAACUUCCCGCAGACACAGUGAUUAUAGGUAUACCGGUAAUACAAUUGUAAUGUAUAAAACAAUAUAUCUGUAUGAAUUACGUUGAGAGUUGAAGUGAGUGCCAAAUUGAUAAAAUAUAAAUAUAAUUCGUUAUACAAAUAA